AUGGAAAAAAAGUCAUGGAAUUCCGCCCAAACACGCACCAUCUCAAUCCUACGUCGUGGUGCAUGGGAACUUCGUCGGGGCCGUUGUGGCAAAGCCGCAGUGUUUCUUCUGUUGCUGACUGGAAUUGUAUUUUCAAGUCUGAGAGGAAUGAUCUCUCCCAUGGUUUCACUGACUACCACAUUGUCCUCAUAUCUGGGAAUAACAAAUAAAGCAAGCGAAAGUGUAAAUCUUUUGCGGUGGGGUGGCGGCUCUGUAGUUGUUGAGCUGGAGGGUCAACCGUUGCAGCGAGAUCUCCCUUUGACUUACCCUGAUGGGACGUCCAACAAGUUUCAGUGUGAUUUGCCGUCGCUUCGGUUCCAGUGCGACAUGGACCGGGGCGUGGGGUGCAACGCUUACCCGCAAUUAUUCCCAUCUUCAGCAUUAUUUGACUAUUGGAAGCAAGAGGAUACCGAGCAGGUACCAGCCUCUAUCUUUGAUAGCAUUUGCCACUUUAAUAUCUCCGACCCGACUGAAUUUCGACUGGCUCAAAUGUUUCGAGAAAUGGAGGUGCCUUUUGUCACUUAUGGCAUUCCUGAACUUAACGCUGCUCUAAAGCGCUGGACAGACGAGUAUCUGAUGCAACAGCUAACUUCAACCGAGCUGUAUAAGGUGCACGUUGCGAAUGACAGUCAUUUCAUGUUUUUCAACAAGAAGUUGAAACUUGACGGCUCUUAUUAA